AUGGCCUGCUAUCGUGAUGAAACCUCACCAAAUCCUUCCAAGAGAUGCAAAUGCCUUUCCUCGACUUUGAAGGAUGCAUUUGCUAACUGCCAUGGUUUAUGCUGCAAGUUCUCUACUUCCAGACUGGAAAACGAAGAAGAAGAAGAAGAAGAAGCUCUAACCAGUGAUUACGAAGAAGAUGAAGAAUUUGUCUCGGCAGUCAUAAGCAAAUACCUGGAAUCAAAAUUCAGGCAGAAGAUGAGCCUUAAUUUGUGCUGUGAUUUCUCCCCUGCUGCCGGAGAUUUGUUCAUCCCUGCAAAGGCAAUAUUAAUGCAGCAGAAGCUGGGAAACAAUGGUGAAGAAAGAGAGGAGUUUGUGUCUGUUGGCAGCCAUUUCUCUCACUGCUCAUCAAGCUCUACCGGCAGCAUGGAGGCAUUUGUGUCGGCCAAGACGAGCUUUUCCCGGUGCUCGAGCUUGAGCGGGAUCGAUUUCCCUGAUUUGUGGAGGCGGGGCUCGAACAUUGUGCAGUUUUCUCAGUGCGAAGGAUGGCCGUUUGGUCUUUGCCGGCGGGCUUUGUUGCUCCCACCUCUGCCCAAAUCUCCGUCUGAUUCUUGGAAGUGGCGCAAGACUGCUGGAUUUAUCAAGUUACAUUGA